AUGUUUGGUGAAUGGAAAAACAAAUCUGAUCAAUCUGUGAAGGAUAAAAAUCAAUGGAAAAUAGAUAAUAUGUUUCGUCCUGAUAGUGAAAAAUAUUCAACAGGCAACAAACGACAACAACAACUUACCAACAGUAUUAUUCAAAAUCUCAUAAUAAGUAUGGGUCUUCCAAUGUCCAUCGUCGACCAUGUGUCUUUCAAGAAAUUUAUGAAUGAUGUUGAUCCAAAAUAUAAAUGUAUUAACCACCGUAAUCUUACUCGUUCUUAUUUACCAAUUUUACAGAAAAAAUGUGUAGUAAAAUUACAAGAGAUUUGUGCUCAAUCAAGCUAUGCAAGUUUAACAUUGGAUGUGUGGUCUGAUCGUCGCAUGCGGUCUUAUUUUGGUAUAAUAUUGCAUGUUAUUAUUAAUGAUGAAUAUCGAUCAUUUUUACUUUCAUUUGAACAACUUGAAGGAAAUCAUGCAGGUGAUAAACUUGCAGCUGAAUUCGAUCGUGUAAUACAACUUUAUAAUUUGAAUAAUAAAAUCGUUCGUUUGAUUACCGGCAAUACCAAUAAUAAUCUAGCUGCAUUCGAUAAUAUUGUCUUACCUGGUUUUGAAGAUGAUUUCGAUGUUACAACAGGCGAUCAAUCGGAAUCUGAUUCCAAUGAUGAACUAUCUGAUGAAAAUGCAGGUGGUAAUGCACAACAAUUACAUGCAUGUGAAGUUGAUGAUUCUGUUUAUCAAGCAACAUUAAAGCCAACAACCGAAGAAGAAUUUUUACGAUUACCAUGUUUUUGUCAUUCUCUUCAGCUGGUGGUAAAUGAUGGAAUAAAAUCAAGUGGUCAAGCAUUAUCAUGUCUCAAGAAGGUGGCUAGUUUAGCUAAAUUUGCUCAUACGAGCACUUUAUUUGCUGAAAGAUUAGAAAAAAAAAAUGAUCUUAUACUUAAUAGCAGAGACAGAAAUAUUUUAGAAGAAUUUGUGUCCUUAUUUGAACUAUUUAAUGAAGCUACUGUAUUAAUACGAGGUGAAUCUUAUGCAACUGUUAGUCUUGUUGCGCCUAUUGUUCUUGGAAUACUUUUCGAUCUUGAACAUGAACUUAAUUCUUCUACUUUAAUUCUUGUUUCUUUAUGUAAAACUCUUAUUUCAUCACUUAAAGCUAGAUUCAGUGGACUUCUUCGUCAGUUUGAAAUUGAUGUACCUAAUAGUUCUUAUUGUACGUCAGAACGUUUUUCUGAUGCGAUUUUUAUUAUCUCUUCACUUCUUGAUCCACGUUUUAAACUACUGUGGCUUGAUAAUCUUGAUACAGUUGUAAAAGUGCGUGUACUUGAAAAAAUUCGUAUCGCAUUUGUUCGCUUUUUCUCCAAAUUAACCUUUUAUACGGCACAUAAUGCAGGAGCCGAUACGUCGAACGCAACUGAAUCAACUGAUGUUUUUGUUGGAACAAAAGACAAUGAUUCUUCUACUAAAAGAAUUACUUCCGACGAUAAAUUAAAAAUUCUGAUGGAGUUGGACGCUUAUUUAUGUGAAGAAAGUCGCGAAGAAGAUUUACUUUUUUCAAAGAAACAUAUCUAUCCAAGAUUAUAUCAACUUGCUCUAAAGUAUCUAACGGUGCCUGCGACAUCGGCUCCUAUUAGACGUGUAUUCUCGCAAAGUGGUUUUCUGAUGAGACCACAUCGAGCAUCAUUAACGGAAAAGAAUGUAUGUGUACUAUCUUUUCUAAAAUGUAACAAAGUUUUGCUUUGA